CUCGCCGCCUCUCGCUCUGAUUCUGCGCAUAGGCAGCCCCAGAGCCUGUCAUUCUGCAAAAACACAGUUUACUCAACACACACACACACACUCACUCGCACCCACACUCGCACACUCGCACUCCUCGCACACUCGCACCCUCGCGCGCGCACGCACACACACUCACACUCCAGGAGCAGAGCGAGCUCGCAGGAGAGACAGGAGCCGACGAGAGCGGGGCGCAGGGCGCGGGGAGCCCCAGGCACACGCACCGAGAGCCAGCCAAGUUCCGCAGCCCAGCAUGGCUUCGGGGGACCUUUACGAGGUUGAGAGGAUCGUAGACAAAAGGAAGAACAAGAAAGGAAAAUGGGAAUAUCUCAUCCGGUGGAAAGGUUAUGGCAGCAACGAGGACACUUGGGAGCCAGAGCAUCAUUUGUUGCACUGUGAGGAGUUUAUCGAUGAGUUUAAUGGGCUCCAUGUAGCAAGAGAGAAAAGGAUCAAGUCUGGGAAGCAGACCAACACCCCUAAAUUUCUACGAGAGAGCCGAGGAGCUCCGAUCGAGAAACUGUCUCAUAGACCUGAAUCAGGGAAGAGCAAAGGGAGUUCCCAUAAACGGAAGCGGAUGAACCCUUCCCUCCAAAAACCAAAAAAGGGGUAUGCCACAAAACCCCAGUCAGGGGGGGACAGGGCUGCCAAGACUGUUUCUUACCGAACUACGCCCAGUGGCUUGCAAAUCAUGCCAUUAAAGAAGACCCACAGUGGGAUACUGAAUGGGGAUGCCAGUCAUGAGAAAGAUGCAGAACACUUUGGGGAUGCUUCCCACCCGCCCAACUUGGAUUUGAAUGAGCAUGAGGGAGAGUCCGAUAUGGCCAACGAAUGUGAAGUUAGCCACGACUCAGUGGUUGCGAAUGGAAUCGGUUCCACUCUGACCAAUGGAGGUCUACACUUGCAUAGCCCUGUGAAGAGGAAAAUGGAAGGGGACAAAGAUUACGUUUUUGAUAAGAGGCUCAGGUAUAGCGUCCGGCAAAAUGAGAGCAACUGUCGGUUUCGAGACAUUGUGGUGAGGAAGGAAGAAGGAUUCACACACAUUCUGCUGUCCAGCCAGACCUCCGACAACAAUGCCCUGACACCGGAGAUUAUGAAGGAAGUGCGGAGAGCAUUGUGCAACGCGUCCACGGACGACAGCAAGCUCUUGCUUCUCAGCGCGGUUGGAAGUGUGUUCUGUAGCGGCUUAGAUUAUUCCUACUUACUUGGCAGGUUGUCCACCGACAGAAGAAAGGAGAGUACCAGGAUCGCAGAAGCUAUAAGCUCCCUGAUUUGGGUACCUGAACUACAUUUGUCUCAUCAAAGGAGGGAUUUUGUGAGAGCAUUUAUCCAGUUUAAGAAGCCUAUUGUGGUUGCUAUUAAUGGGCCUGCCCUGGGGCUGGGCGCAUCUAUUCUGCCCCUCUGUGACAUCGUCUGGGCCAGUGAGAAGGCCUGGUUUCAGACACCAUAUGCAACCAUACGCCUCACUCCUGCUGGAUGCUCCUCAUAUACAUUCCCACAAAUCCUCGGUGUUGCUCUGGCCAAUGAGAUGUUGUUCUGUGGAAGGAAACUUACAGCUCAGGAAGCUUGCAGCCGAGGGCUUGUAUCCCAAGUCUUCUGGCCAACCACCUUCAGCCAAGAAGUCAUGUUGCGUGUCAAAGAGAUGGCUGCCUGCAGUGCUGUAGUGUUAGAAGAAUCGAAAUGCCUGGUGCGGAGCUUCCUGAAAUCGGUCUUGGAAGAUGUGAAUGAGAAAGAGUGUCAGAUGCUAAGGCAGCUAUGGAGUUCUUCCAAAGGCUUGGAUUCCUUGUUCAGCUAUCUGCAAGAAAAGAUUUAUGAAGUCUGAAAGGCUCCGGUCUGAUUUUUGCACCCCCACUCUGUGCCCAGAGUGAUCCUGACUGCCGGCUCUUCCCUGGGUUCGAAACAUUGGAGCCCAGUGUUCUGGGAAAGAGCUUGUGAAUGUCUCUCCAUACCUAGGGUUGUGUCAGUUUUCCUCGUGAGUCAUUCCAGGACGUUACUGGGUUGUUUCUACGUUGGUUUGGUUUUGUGUAACAGAUGUGGGGCUUCCGCAUUCUCAGUUUGCCUACCUUGGUCAGGGGUCCCACUCCCAAGGGCUGUCCCUGCCCAGAGGGAGCCUGUCUGCUUGCUAGACAUGAAGCUUCCUCGUGUUCUGGAUUACAUCACCAUGAUCCAGCAAGGCAGUACCAUUUCUUCCAGUUUUCUCUGUCCUUUUGACUCAGGCUGUGUCAACAGGGUGCCGCUCUUUGGAGGGCGUUAGCUUUUGACCGGCUGUUAUAACGCCCAAAUGCCAAUCAAAAGACUAGGUCGAGCAUGAUUGAUUUGAUUACGUCAUGCUCAGACAAGACCAGCCCAAUCGAUCACAUAGACCCUGCCUCAGCUUCCUUCCUCCUGUUGCCACAAGGAUCUAUGUGACAUCUAAGGGCUUAGUCUGAAAAUCUUAAUGAAAGUAAUUUACGAACCCAGAUAUUGUAAAUUUAGAAACGUUUUGUUAAAUAUAUAUUUUUCAACACUGUAAGUGGCGAUUCUAAUAAUUUAUGUGUAUUAUAUGUAAAAUUAAUUUUUUUCAAAAACUACCAGGAAAAAUGUUUUUUUUUCCUUUAAUUAAACUUAUUUAACUUAUUUAUUUGCGUUUAUAUUCAGCUGUCUGUUAUUCACACAGAUGUUAUUUUCAUACUGCCCUGGACCAAAUUCAAGGGAUGUGCUAGCCAGCGCAUCUUAGUAAUGAGCCACGAUGAGACAAAAUUCUGACAGAAAAGCAACAUAGAACUUUUCCAGAUAACAAAUGAACACUUCUGAACCUCUCCUCAGUGGGAAGCUGUUUCAAGCUGUAACGUGCUUGCUUUUUUCUGUAGACUCAUCACAAACAAUAAUGGUGGGAAAAUGUUUCUCUACACUGUCUGUCUUUUCCGGGAGAAUUGUGUUUUCUAAUCAAUACCACGUCUAAGCGUUCUCAAUUCACAAUAAUGUGGUGUCGUGAGGACAAGGUGGAGGCAGUAUCUCUUCUGCAACCUAGGACACAUUAGCUCGGGACAAAACUCUAUUUGUUCCAUAUGUCUUGCGACUGCCUUGGAAAAGCAAAGGUUCAAAAAUGUAGAGCUGAAAGGGACCUUUGUGGUUAUCAAAUCUAAACUCUCAUUUUACAGAGAAAUAAACUGAGGCAGGAUUCAAUCCCAAGUCUUCCUAACACCAAUUGCCGAGUCUACUACAUCAUUCUGGGGCUAACAUCUUUUCCACUGGUCUUUUGAGAAUCAUAAGGAUGGUUUGAUGGGCCGUGGGCAGAAUGGUCUUUAUUGGUUAUGUUAACAAAUGAAGUGCCACCCUUCUUUGGGCCCUCUAGCAACUUUUUCCAGAAUCCUGGAGCCAAAGAAGGGAGAAGCAAAUACUUAACAAUCCUACUAUCCAGUACGUUUGAGUUUUAUGAACACCUUGGUGCCAGCUUUGGACUGACUCUUAAAAACAAAACAGAAUUAGCCACUAGAAGGGAGGCUUUUCCUCAUCUAAAAGGGGAAAAAUCAAGAAGAGUGCACCAAGGGGCAGCUAGGUGGCGCAGUGGAUAGAGCACCGGCCCUGGAGUCAGGAGUACCUGAGUUCAAAUCCGGCCUCAGACACUUAACAGUUACUAGCUGUGUGACCCUGGGCAAGUCACUUAACCCCAAUUGCCUCACUAAAAAAAAAAAAAAAAAGAAGAGUGCACCAAGUCCAUGUAGAAAGUAGUUCAAAAAGUACAAAAGAAAUUAAAUCAAGGAGCAGACACUCCAGCCCAAGAAAAUAAAUGAGGAUGCUCUUCCCCAUCUCUCUCCUUGUCUAUCUAUCCACCUUGGAUCUUCUUAGACUUAUUCAGAAUCCUCAUCUCCCUUCCUUCCUCCAUUAGCAACCAGUUUUUCAUGGACCUCAGGAGGAAAAAAACAACCAAAAUUGGGCACGUCCAAGGAGGGCUGUUUGCAAAGAGAGCCACAGCUACAAUUAUGGAUGUGACUCUUUUCAUGGCGUGACUAUCUAGAAAAGAUAGUCUGAUUCAGGCAGAGAAGGCCUGUCAUAAAGCCUAUCCCUGGCUUCUUUUCAUAGCUCAUGUGAAGGGGUAUUGUUUGGCCUCACAUCUGUAGCUUACAUGUGGCUGUUAAGACCUGGGCUUCCCCUGUGGAUAGGGCCUGAGUUCAAGGCAAGGCCCUGACAUCCUUACCACUCAUCCUUGAUCAUGCACUUACUUAGUCAUCAUUCGACCAUGCCACUUUAGAAGCAGUACCACCAGCCAUCCAAAAGCCAGCAAACAUAUGGCAAAAGAGGAAAAAAUAGGGUUAAGGUAUUUUCUGCUUAAUUCAUGUAGGGUUCAUAUAAUCUAAAGAAUAGGAAGGAUGUAGGAAAGAAACCUUUGCCUUCCUCUUCCUCCCCUCUUCCACAACAUAAAGAAGAAUUCACCCACCGAGUCCUUGUCGCAAGCCCAGCUUUGCAUAAGGUACUUCUUUUGAAAGGGCCAAUGUAUGAGUUUUAUCAGUCUUGGCCAAAGUACCUUCUUAUUGUGGGGCAGAUAACCUGAGAACCUAUUUGUUGAAUAUCCAGAGCAUCGGUUGGGUUCUCUUUGGAAGUUUCUUAGGGAGGGGAAGAUAUACUAUCUGCAAAAUCGGAGGGGAGGGGGCUUGAAUUCCUUUUAUCAAAUGGAAGUAAAUAUUUCAAAAUUGAUGCUAGCGGAUGAAACAUCUGGGGUCUGUGCUGAAGGAAUCAUCAAUUUGUUGGUGUCCUUUGACAUCAUCAAGUUCACCUAGCCCUUCAGUGCAGGAAUCUCUGGGAGUUAAACAACAAUGUGAAAUGAUGUCCAUAAUGUCUUGUACUCGUCCAGGCUGGGAAUAAGGUGGUUUAUUUUCUGGGCAUUUUAGAAGAGGCAUGUUGAUAAACCAACUUCAAAAAUAGGUGCUGUCUGUGACUGUAAUUUACAUACAAUAAUAUCAGGAAAAAACACCAUCAAUGCAGCCAAUUUGAUGAGAGUUAGGCAAAUCAGUUGGGUAACCAGAUUCUACCAACUGACAAACUGAACUUCUUUUUUAACUUUUUAAAUCUGUGUUUGGUGUCAUAUAACCUAUAAGACCACUAGUGAAAUUAACCAGGCAUUCUGGGGCUGGUCUAACCACAGUUUUCUUAAGGCCUAACUUGGAAGUUGGCUUACAGAGAUGUCCUACCUUACAGGUUAGCAUAUAUACCCAUUUCAUGCUUACCUGUCAUGGUCCCUCCCAAGGACCUAUGUUAUUAUCCAUCAGGACCCAUGAUUCUGGAUAUAGGAGAGCAUGUGGGGAGAUCUGCCAGUCAGGAGUGAUGGUCAGCCUCCCUGAAGCUCCUUAUUGGAGAUUUUAGAAUGGAGCCACAGAUUUCUCCUUCUGACAUGAAAUUACUGAGUCUUUUGUGGUACGGUGGCCUGCAUUUAAAUCCUGCUCAGUCUGGGCAGCUCCCUGGGCCUCAGUUUCCUUAUCUGUAAAAAUAAAUCAUUAGAUGAGGUGGCCUUCUAAUGCCCCUUACACUCUAUAUCUGCAGUCUCUGUAAUCCUUCAGAAACGCUUGGCCAAAGAGUUUCUUAUGUAGGAAAAUGUGAGAGGAAGACCCAACCUCCACAUCUUAAACCCUUUGAGCAUAGGACCUUUCAAAAGGUCUGAAGUCAUUACUGCUUGAGGCCCUCUUGUCCAAAAAUCUCCAUCCCUCAGCUUCUUCAAGAAUCAUGGCCAUCUCUGCCAGGCAGGCCCAAACACCAUGGCCCACAAGAGACAAGUGAGGCCCUUAGUCACUUCUGAAGGAUGCUCUGUCAAAGCCAGAAACCAUUCCUGGCUGAACGUUAAAAAAAAAAAAAAGUUUGGUUCAAAGGAGUUUCACAGAAGCAGGUUGACCACUAAGAAGCUACUGUAGUAUUCUCCACCCCAAGAUGAGCCAGUCCGUCCUCCCCAGCAAGGGAAGGAUACCUUUCUAUAGAUUCCAGCAAAGUCACAUGCUCCAUUGCAUAAGGCUAAAACAACAUAAGGUGCUAGGACACUGACUUAAAAUACAUGCUCAUUCUGUGCUGAUUGAUCUAAGACACUCGCUUUCCUAAUACAAAGCCGUGUUUUACCCAUAGAAGUUCUAGAGGGGAAAAGGAAAAAAAAAAAAAAAGAACCUACGUAACUAAUCUCAUAACAAUGCCCCCCCCACAUUCCUAAAAUUCACAUUUUUAAACAUACCCUUUUGAAAGGAAAAAUAGGAUUUCAUUUUUUAUAAUUGAUUUUUUGGGGUAAAAAUAUACACACAGAAUUUCUUCCCAUUUCUAAAAACAAAAGCAUCUGAUUCAUGUUCAUGCACUUUUAUAACCUUGUUUCCAUGAAAGCUUUUUUCUUUUCAAAGAGAACAAACAGCAACUUUUUCCCGAUCUUCCUGAUUGCCCAUAAGAGAUUCAGAGUUUACUCUUGCCUGAAUUCCUAAAUUCAUUCGGUGUUCAGAGUGACAGUCUUAUUGUAUCUAUCAGUCUGGAUACUGUCACAAAGAUUCACAGUAUUUGAAAAUACAAACGGAAUUUUCUUGUUUAGUGUUUUAUUUUAUUCUCUGUAUCUUGUUUUAUAGAAUCUUCCAAACUCUCCACUUUGCCUUUGUCAAUAUU